AAGUCUUGUUGGUACAUCGAUAAUACUCAAGGAUUUAUUGUAUAUGAACCUUCCCACUUACUUUCGAUCACAUCUGUAGUUGGUGCUCUUUUUUGUAAACGGAGGGCAGUCUUAACAGAAUGGUUUCGUGGUUUUGAACCACCGAACAAGUUCAUGGUAUUAGGAACAUUCAUUCACGAACUUCUGCAGUCAGCUUUAAGAAACAAUUUUUUUGAAUUGAAUGAAAUUAAAAGUCUCGCGCAAAGGAAGAUGAAUUCUCGUGAAAUGAUUUAUCAAUUGUAUUCGAGUUCUGUGAAGCCAGAAGAUUUUGUUGAAGAAAUUUCGGAGUACAACUUACGGGUGUAUAAUUUUAUAAACCGUUACAUUCAAAAGCAAGACAGUAAGGACCAAAUUGUUACGAAUAGUUUUAAUUCAAAAGAUAAUUGGAAUGGACAAAUAGAUAAUGUUAAAGAUAUAGAAGAAAACAUAUGGUGUCCACAACUUGGUCUUAAAGGUAAAAUAGAUGUUACAUGUGAAAGUAAAUCCAAAAUCAUGCCCCUCGAGUUAAAAACUGGACGCGCAUCCGUUUCCUUAGAGCACAGAGGGCAGAUUAUGUUGUAUAUAAUGAUGUUGGCCAAAUUGGGUUAUGAUGUUUCGACCGGCCUUCUUUUAUAUUUAAAAGAAGAAGUACUUCGAGAAAUACCAGUUACAAACAACGAAAAAAGGGAUCUUAUUACUUUAAGGAAUGAAUUGGCUUAUUAUUUAACGAAGACAAGAAAAGAAGGAAAUCUAUCACAACAAGUACUAAGUAAUAUUCCUGAGCCCAUUAAUCAUCACAGUGCAUGCGCUAACUGCCCUUACAACAUUUUAUGUUGCACCUAUUUAAAGCAUGAAAAUAAAAAUUUGCAGAAUUAUAAACACUUAAAAGAAGUUCAGUCCUCAGUGUUAGCUCAUUUAAAACCAGUUCACAUCGAUUAUUUCGUCAAAUGGACUUACUUACUUGAUGUGGAAGCAGAAAAUUCAAAAUAUACCAAAAGCUUAAAAGACAUUUAUACUAUCCCACCUAUAGAAAGAGAAAAAAAAGGUUGCUGUAUAAUUAAUUUGAAGAUAAGAGAAAUGAACUACGAUGGUGAUCACUUGUACAGUACAACUUUUGAAAAAGUUGAGAUACAAAAAAAUACAAAUUUUUAUUUAUCGGGAAUCGGAGAAGGUAAUUAUAUCGUUGUCAGCAUCGAUUCCAGACCGGCAGUUGCUGCAGGAUUUGUUUCUUAUGUUGGUAAAACUGAUAUUACUGUUUCUUUGGACAGAGAUUUAAAUAAGAUAUAUCCACACAAAACUUUCCACUUGGACACCUAUGAAUCUUCCUUCUCAGAAUCUUUCAGUAAAACCAGUUUAACUAUUAUUCUCGAAGAUAGCAGUACGGCGACUAAAUUGCGAGAAUUUAUUGUAGAAAAGAAAGCUCCCACUUUUCAGACAAAACUUUCGAAAAAAGUAAUCAUUAAAGGAACACCUAUUCUUCGCAACUUAAACAAACUUCAACAAAGAGCUGUUCUAAAAGCCCUCUCUGCUGACAAUUUUCUUUUAAUUCAGGGAAUGCCUGGUUCCGGUAAAACAGCAACCAUAGUAGCUUUAGUACACCUCAUGAUAGAAUUGGGAAAAACAGUUUUAAUUACAAGUCAUACACAUUCUGCUGUAGAUAACGUUUGUGUUCGACUGAUAGAAAAAAGACUGAAAUUAUUGAGAUUAGGUUCAGAGAGCAGAAUACAUCCAAAACUUCGCCCUUAUUCAGAAAACUCAUUAACCAAAGAUUGUAAAACUGUUGAACAGCUUGAAGAAAUUUACAACAGUGCGAACAUUGUUGCUGUGACUUGCCUUGGAUCGAGUCAUCCACUUCUCACUAAAAGAAUAUUUGAUAUUUGUAUUAUAGAUGAAAGUACUCAAAUAUUGCAAUGUUCAGCUUUUCGUCCCCUAAAUGCUUGUGAAAAAUUUGUACUUGUUGGAGAUCCUCAUCAACUACCGCCUGUUAUUAAAAGUAAAAUAGCAUUAGAAAAUGGUCUUUCCGAAAGUCUAUUUGAUUGUCUGCAACAGCCAGAAAAUCUAGUUAAACUUACGUGUAAUUAUCGAAUGAACAAACGACUCACAGAAGUUGCAAAUAUACUAACUUACAACGGCGAACUUGAGGUUGCAAAUGACGAUGUAGGCAAUGGAACUUUGCAAUUACCAAAAUUUGAAGACUGCAUAAGUUACUACAAAAGUCAGGAUUGGCUAAUUGAAACAUUAAACAAUUCCAUAACGUCAUCCUUUCAAGUAUUAGAUACUGGACCAACUUGGAAAUUAAAACAAGAUGCUGCAUGGUAUAAAAACUUGUCCACCCCAGUAUUUGAAAACAACGAAGUGAUGAAUCAUGUCAAUUCUUGCGAAAUUUCUAUUGUAGUUGUGAUUGUAAGAGCACUUUUAAAGGCUGGACUUGCGGCUUGCGAUAUAGGCAUUAUAGCACCUUACAACUUACAAGUAGCUACAUUAUCCGAAGUUUUGAAAGAUAUUGAAGGUAUCGAAGUUAAAACUGUGGAUCAAUUUCAAGGGAAAGAUAAAGAAAUAAUUAUUUACUCGUGCACAAAAUCGUCGGACACAUCCGUACGAAUGCAAAUUGAUAAGAACUAUUGACAUAAUCUAAUUUAUGGACAAGAAUCCAGCUAGACCGUCAGUUUUUGUACCAUCAUGACAAAAUGUAAGAAAUUCACAAGCUCCCCCCCCCCCCCAUUUUUGUCUCAAAACAUAGUACGUACAAUUUUCCAAGCUGAAAAUGUUUGCUGAGUUUUACAUUCCUGGAGGAUGUUGAAUGUCGUCAUUAUAUGGAUUGAAUGGCAUGUUUAAAAACUUGCUGUAGUCUUUUGAUUUCGAGCUAUCAACAAAAUACAAUAUUUUGGAAGAUAAACGAAGGCUGACAGUAGCAAUUACAAGAGCAAAACAUAAAUUUAUUUUGUUGGGUCAUAUGGAAUGUAU